GGUAGGACCUUCAACACCUGACCAAUCAGUUCCCUCUGCCAAAACCACACCAAAACCGAUAUCAUUGGCUGGCUUGUUCCAUCAACCAAAUCGCAAGCAACAACAAGAGCUGACCAGGACGACCUGAUGGAGGAAGAUGGCAGGUGCUUGACCGCAGGAGAAUUAUGCAAACAUAGAGUGUUGCCCACAAUCUUCUAUCACUGAUCUGAGUCUAGUGCACAGAACCCUUCAGCACAAAGUGGCCCUCCACCUGGUCCGAGCAUGCUCCCAGGUGGUGGCUUUUAUUCAUCCAACAGCCAACAGGACAUAAUGAGAUGCAAAGGUUACUUUCGCAGGGAGAGUGUUCGAUGGAAGAGACACCCCCCCUGCAUCCAAGGUUGCUGCUUCCGUUGCUACCAGAUAUGCACGCCUGUAGUUUUUUUUACUCCCUCGACCAAUGUCCCAAACCCCUAAAGGAUCGCAGGAGAUUUGCCUACUCGAAGCGGGGCUGGCAAAGAGAUCAUUAACGAUGGCGGAGGAUGGAUGCCAUGAAGAGAUCCUGGGAAGAACCAUUCGACAAAUAAAACCGUUGCGACGGGGCAUCAAAGAGACAAGUGUGGUCGCUGCUGACCGAAAGAAAGGAUGUGGUUCUACUUAUGCUCCUCCGCGUGGCAGACAUUGUGUGCAGCCCUGAGGUGAGGAGGAGAGACAUGGUGAGAUGGAAUAUACUAGUGAGUGUCAUCCACCCUGGCAAACUACUAGGGCAUUGCCUCAGCAUCUGACAAGAGUAUGAACCGGAGGAAUGGCAGCAAGCUGGCAGGGGACCAUGACAGCCUCCAGAUGGACAGCAAGGCCACUGAGCAGGCACCCAACAUGGAGCAGAAGAAUGGCGAGAUCAUGGACUCUGAGGAGGUGGAGAAUGGCAAGUCUGAACCCAUAGUCCCUCUGGCUAUGGAUGGGGACGUCACUGCACCUGAUGGGGGUUGGGGCUGGGUGGUGCUGGUGGCCACCAUCCUGGUGCUAGCCUUGACUCUGGCCUUCCCCUCCUGCAUGGGCAUCUUCUACACGGACCUACAAACAGAGUUCCAGGCCAGCAACCAAGAGACCUCCUGGGUGCCUUCUAUAAUGACAUCAGUGCUUCAUGCUGGAGGUCCAUUCUGCAGUGUAUUGGUGGAGAGGUUUGGUUGCCGGGCGACGGUGAUGCUGGGCGGGGUCCUGAGUGGGCUUGGAAUGGCGGCCAGCUCGUUCACCCACACCAUCGCUGAGCUCUACGUCACAGCUGGGGUUAUCACAGGACUUGGAUUCUGCUUCAGCUUCCAGCCUGCAGUGACUAUCCUCGGGCACUAUUUUGUGCGGCGGCGGGCUUUCGCCAAUGCCUUGUCGUCCACGGGCACGGCCCUGGGCCUGUGCACCCUGCCCCUCCUGGGCAACUACCUCCACACUGAGCUGGGCUGGCGGGGGAGUUUCCUGGUGCUGGGGGCUGUCCUGCUCAACUGCUGCGUAUGCGGAGCUGUGAUGAGGCCCCUGGGGGGCUCCAGACACCGUGGCCAGACCCUGAUAAACCACAGGCCUCUUCAGCUGGAGGAGAAGAAGCUAAAGGGGAGAAUGAGGGCCUUGUGGGCCGGUCUGAUGGCUGCCGUGCGGCAUCACAUGGCCUUUGACCUCUUACGUAACAACCUGCGCUACCGUGUGUACGCUGUGGGCAUCACCUGGAUGAUGCUAGGCUUCGUGGUGCCGCUGAUCUACCUGGUUCCCUACGCCACGGCCCACGACAUGGAGCAGAGCCAGGCCGCCCUCCUCCUCUCCAUCCUGGGUAUCGUUAACAUUGUGGUGCGGCCUCCCAUCGGUCUGCUCUUCAGCCUGCCCUGGUUCAAGGGGUGCCACACCUACGUGUUCUCUGCUGCUCUGCUGGUGAAUGGGCUGAGUAAUAGUAUCUGCUGCAUCGAUGCCAGCUUCCCCGUGCUGCUGGCGUACGUGGUGACCUACGGCCUGUCCAUGAGCGUGGUGGGCUCGCUGAUGUUCACCGUCCUCAUGGAUACGUUGGACAUGAGUCGCUUCCCCGCUGCCCUGGGCCUGCUCGCCAUCAUGGAGAGUGUCACGCUGCUGAUCGGGCCCCCGCUCGCAGGAAUCCUGGUGGACAGAACGGGGGAAUAUUUCUAUGUCUUCUUCGCCUGCAGUGCCACUGUUGCCUCAUCGGCUGUAUACCUCAUGGUGUCUUUCUACUGGCUGGACAGAAGGGACAGGAGGGCGCUAAAGGGGCAGCAGGUGCCACCUCAGGUCCCCCCACCAAAGCCUGCCAGUGGUAACAAUUUGGUCCCCCAGUGCCAGUACUGCAGUGUGCCCACAGAGGGGGACAAAGACAAGGCCUCAGACUCUGAGACGGGGGACAUCACCUGCCUGUGAACAUCGUCACUCUCCAAACACACACACCAAACUCACAGAUGUGUACUUCCCACGAUUCUGUGAUUGUAUAUCCUGUGCUGCUGAUUUUAAAGUAGAAGUGUAUGAUAAUUGAUAUCCCAAUCUGUUAAGAUCUGACAUUCCAUCUAAUCAUAGUAUACACACUCUUGCCUCUUGACUGUUACAGUAUUGAUGAGUGAAAAGGGGUUGAGUAUUUCAUCCAAUGGGUGCAUAUUACAUAUAGUAUAGGAGUGGAUUAUUCGUUGCUAUUAGAGUCUGUACUGUUUAUGCAGACUAGAGAAUACUGUUACUGGUGAUCGAAUGCAGUACUUUUUCACACAUGCCAUAAACCUUAAACCUGUGCCUUUUCCCUCACACCCUGUUACGCGUUCAUCAAUGUCAAAUUAAAUUUGAUUUGCCACAUGCGCCGAAUACAACAGGUGUAGACCUUACAGUGAAAUGCUUACUUACAAGCC